AUGUCGCUCUCCUCCGCUUCCAGCACUCUGCUGCGCACUUGCGCCCGCCAGCAGCUGCCCACCACCCGCGCCGUCACCUCCUGCCAGCAGCGGAGGGGAGUUGCGGAUGCGAAGGCGUCCUUCGACAGCCCCUUCACUAACGCCCAGGAGCGUGGCUCGACCGUGAAGAUCCCCAACUUCAGCAAAUACAAGUCCAACUCCUCCCCUCGCUCCAACCAGGUCUUCUCCUACUUCAUGGCUGGCACCAUGGGUCUGGCCUCCGCCGUCGGUGCCAAGGCCACCGUCCAGGACUUCCUGGUCAACAUGUCCGCCUCCGCCGAUGUCCUGGCUCAGGCCAAGGUUGAGAUUGCUCUUGGUGCCAUUCCCGAGGGCAAGAACGUCAUCAUCAAGUGGCGUGGAAAGCCCGUUUUCGUCCGUCACCGUACCCAGGGUGAGAUUGCUGAGGCUCGCGAUGCCAAGUGGGAGUCUCUCCGUGACCCCCAGGCCGACGAAGACCGUGUCCAGCGCCCUGAGUGGUUGGUCAUGCUUGGUGUCUGCACUCACCUUGGUUGUGUCCCCAUUGGCGAGGCUGGUGACUAUGGCGGCUGGUUCUGCCCCUGCCACGGCUCCCACUACGAUAUCUCUGGCCGUAUCCGCAAGGGCCCCGCUCCUCUGAACCUGGAGGUUCCCCAAUACAGCUUCCCCGAGGAUGAUGUUCUCGUCAUUGGUUGA